CGAAGAUUACUGGAUUUUUCGACACGCGGGUGGUGGAGGCGCAGCUCACAUGGCAGUCUAUCGUUGCGUACCCCACCUUCCCGGCUGAACACCCCUCUGCGACAACCCCAUAAGGCUGCGACUCUCAAUCCAUUCCCGCCGCGUCCCGUCGCAAGUGAAGGGCGGAUGUAGCGCCGGUCAUGGACCCGCUGUCUGUGAUAGCGAGCACGAUCAGCAUCGCCGACGUCUGCGUCCGUCUCGUCAGCUAUCUACGAGACGUCCAAAAGGCGACGGCGACUGUUGAAGGCGACAUCGCCUCGCUGAUCCACGAAAUUGAAGCUCUUGACGCCGUCAGCUUCUCCGUGAACAGGACACUGAGCGAUCUCAGGCGCUCAGACUUGUCGCCGGGCGAGCAAGGCAAAUGCGACGACCUUUGGAAGCAUGUCGGGCCAACGUUGCGCGAUUGCAAGACUGUCGUGGAGAGAUUAGAGGCCAUUGCAAAAGAGAUAUAUGGAAAGGCAGGCCCGGCUGUGACUGGCUUCCGGGAUGCAGUAGCGAAGGUCCAUAGGAGGAGGAACAGAGACGGGGAUCUGAGGCAGUGUCGAGAUCAGCUUGCGACUUACCAGAACGUGCUUCAGAUCUUGUUAGCAUUCAUCAACAUCCACAGCACGAGGGGAUCCCAGGAGGAGAAUGCUCGUUCAUUCCGAAGCCUGGCGGAUGACCUUCGCAACGUGGACCGUCGGCUCGGCACCCAGAUUGCCACACUGCAAGACACCAUCGAGUCCUCUAAUGUUUCAUCCUCACCACAGGAUGCGGGCACGCUUUCAGCUCUGCGGGGCUUGCGCCAGUCCGUCGAGUAUGCGGCUAGCACGAUAAAGUCGGUAUCCUCCAACAAACACUUCGAUAUCCCACAGUCGGUCAGCAGCAUCUUCACUGGUCGAGAAGACGCCCUGCAAGAUCUCAAGAGGCGUUUCAUUGCUCCUCCUGUUGUUCCAUCCCACAGCCAGCAGCAACGGUUCGUUAUCUACGGCAUCGGAGGUUCUGGCAAGACUCAGUUUUGCUGCAAGUUCGCCGAAGAUAAUCGGGAUAGCUUUUGGGGAGUGUUUUGGGUGGACGCAAGUACCACCCAGCGCAUCAAGCAGACAUACGCUGUCAUCGCGAAGAUCGGAGAGGUCGAUCCGAACGAAAACGCAGCCAUGCACUGGCUCUCCAAUCUCGAACAUCGAUGGCUCCUCAUCAUAGACAACGCGGACGACCCAAGAAUCCCACUGGAAAAGUACCUGCCCAAAGGCAAUCGCGGUCACAUUCUCAUAACGACGCGAAACCCCGCUCACAAAGUGCAUGGGAAUGUCGGGCCCGGAUUCCUCGAAUUCCGUGGCCUGGACAACCGAGAGGCAAAUGACUUGCUCCUCAAAGCAGCCAACCAACCCAUCCCCUGGGAUGACACCUGCGAAACCUCGGCGUCGUCAAUUACAGAAACUCUAGGCUUUCUCGUCUUGGCCAUCGUUCACGCUGGGGCGGCCAUAAGAGAAGGUUUAUGCACCUUGAAGACGUAUCUGAGUUUCUACCAACGAGGUUGGAAAAGGAUAAGACGGGCGCGCGAGGGGCGAGGGGAGACAAUCGAUAAAUCAGAUGACCACAUGGACGUCUACACAACGUGGGAAAUCUGCUAUCAACACAUCGAAUCAAAGGCGAAGGAAGGGAGCGAGGCUGCCCAAGAUGCGAUCCAGCUUCUCGCCACGUUUUCAUUCUUCCACUGGAAAAAUAUACGGUACGAUACGCUAAGGCGGGCCCUGGAGAAUCCGGUCAUUGAAGCCAGACACGCAAGCAAGGAGAUGCAGUCGCAAGAGCGAAAUCCCCUAGUCAAGCCUCCGACAAUGUCUCAAAGGAUCCGAGGCCUCAACAUUGUGCUCCUCACGCUGUUGCUCAGAGAUCGAAGUCCACCCGCCCUCCCACGCCUUAUCCGUGAGGCCCGCACAGCGACAAAUUUUGACGAGCUCGGGGAACACCAUGACAGGCUGCGCUAUGCACUGAAGGAGCUGGUGCAGAUGUCGCUAGUCACUUACAGUGAGAUAAAUGACAGCUACUCGAUGCAUCCCAUUGUGCAUCAGUGGGCGCGGGAACGACCGGGUAUGCGUCUUGCCGAACAGGCCGUCUGGGCUGAAGCAGCAGCUAUGGUCCUGUCGUCCUCAAUUCUUCUACCUCACCUUCGGAAUAAUGCGCAUGACGAGGACUACAAUCGCGACGUGCUACCGCAUGUCGACCACGUCCACAUGUGCCGCCGGUCCGUCAUGGGUCGCAUCGGGGUAAAACUGCAGGAGCAUUGGACUUCCUGGUUCAUACCUCGACCCCGACCGACUAUGACCCCAGCACGAGCUCUUAUGUACGCAAAGUUCAGUAUAGUAUAUUCGCAUUGUGGGCACUGGAACCAUGCCGAGCAGCUCCAGUCCGAAGUCAAAAGCUAUACGGAGAAGUUUCUUGGAUCUGGCAAUGAGAAGACACGCCGCAUCACGAUUGCCUUGGCUGGGACGUACUGGAACAUGGGUCGUGGUGCCGACGCUGAGCGACUGCAAAGAGCAGUUCUUAACACAUGUCUGAUCUCCUUAGGCCCAGAACACCUUGACACACUACGAGCCAAAGACAUGCUCGGGCAAACUCUCUGGCAGCGGGGGCGAUAUAAGGAAGCAAAGGAACUCCAGGAAGAUGCCCUUAGGGGUCUGCGAAAGAUGCUGGGAUCAAAGCACGAAGACUACUUGAACGCGUUGGACAACUUUGCGAGAACUGUCGCCAGUUUCCGAGAGGACAAUCUACUGGAAGAUGCGUAUAGAAUGCACUCCGACGCAAUCAAGGGUAUGGAUAAUGUUCACGGACACGACCAUCCUCGGACUCUGAUGGCGAAGGAGAACUUAGUCCGAGUGGCUGCUUAUAUGGGCGAAGUUACGCCGGAGGUCGACCAGUUGAUAAGCCAGGUUAUCGAGGGCCGAAAGAGGCGGCUAGGAAAGGAGCACCCCUACACCCUUCUUGCAAUGGCUAACGCAGCCAUUGUAAAAUGCGCGCUCGGGCGACCAGAUGAGGCUGACGAGUUAAUAUUGGCAGGAAUCCCAAUUGCCGAGCGGAAUCUAGGCGAGGACCACAUCGGUACGCUCUUCGGCUACCUUACUUUGGGCUCCGUUCGCAUAUGUCAGCAACGCUACAGAGAGGCCGAGCAAGUCCUUGUCGAGCUGAUCAAGCGGCAGAAGGAGAUGCAGUCCCAUCCAGAAGAGUAUCAUCCGGAUCGCUUAGGCGCCAUGAUAGAGCUAGCAAAGUGCUACCGGCUUCAGAACAGGAUUGAUGAAAGUAUCCGCAUGUGCGAUGAGACGCUGGUGGGGUUUGAGAAAAUUGGUGCGAGAGAUUACCCUCUUGCAAGGCAUAUGCACAGGGCAAGAAUAAGAAUGCUAGAGCAUCAAGCGCGCAUUUCGAGAGGGGACCGAGGAGAGGAGGGAAUUGCUGAAGAAGGCAGGGGCACUUAUAGACAGUUCCAUAUUUUCCACGGUUAGACGGGUCUGUGGAUGGACCGGAGUACUUCGAAUUCGGCUUGAAGUGCGCGAUUAAUGAGAUCCGCUCGCAUCUCGCAUAGAGAGGAUAUCAUGUCUUUUGUGGCCUCCUGGUUGUAAGAUUGGCAGGGUUCAUACGAUGACAGGGUUCAUACGAGAGCACCGGGCUCGCCUCUUAUUCUACGCCGGUUAUUAGUGUAUUGGGGCUAGAUGUAUUCCAAAUGCCAACGGCCUCUUC